AUGCCUGACCCGUCGUCUAUCGACGUCGUGGUUGUUGGGAAUGGCCCCUCUGCGCUGAUUCUCUCCUAUAUACUCCACGGGAACAUUCCCUUCUACGACCCGCAGACCCCUCAUCCAGACCCCAUUCUCCAUGAGAAGCUGGUGAAUGCUCCGGAUCUCUUGGACUUGGACAUCCCUGCCUUGACGAAUCAUUUUGAGGCUUCUCGAUUCUCAUAUUCGACACAAGCUCUGCCCGUAAAUGCCCUUCUGGACGCCAUUGUGCGUCCAAACGCAGAUAUAGAUGAUACGGGCCAGUAUUCUUGCAUUCAGUGGCGCCGUCUCCCAGAAAAAGCAGUGCCUCACCUUGUGCUUGGUAAUGCAUUAGAACCCGGGGGGCAAUGGACAGAAUGCCCUAAAGGCACAACCUGGGAUAUCCAGUCACUCAGCUAUGCCGGCAUGUUGUCUCUCCCUGGCUAUAGUUUCCAGACCCAUCAUAGAAAGCUCUAUGGGUCAACCCCCCUUGCGUUCACGCGGCCAUCCAGGUGCGAGAUAGCUGGGUAUUUUGCAGCGUAUCCGCCAGCUGUCGGAAUAUCGGAGGCUAUUAAGUCUUCAGAAACUGUUGCAAAUAUAUCUCGCACUGAUGAAGGCUUUUACAUUGCAUCGCACAACCUAAUAUGCAAAUCUCUCGUUUUGGCCUCUGGUAUAUUUGCUGAAGUGAAGCCAGCCCGGCCACUUUUGCAACCACUAUUGAACAAGAUCAUCGCCCCCUUGGAGAUGAAAGAUGACGAUAGGCCUCUGCUAAUUGUCGGCUCCGGGUUUUCUGCCGCGGAUAUCAUUAUAUCAGCCCCCGCGCAUCGGAGAAUGAUUCAUAUUUUCAAAUGGGCACCGGACGAAAGGCCUUCACCUCUAAAAAGCUGUCAUCAACAGGCAUAUCCAGAAUAUGCGGGCAUAUACCGAUUAAUGAAGCGGUGUGCUUCUCUUCCUCCAGGCGGCUCAACAGACCCCAAACUACCCUUUCGCCCCUCGACUCUAAGCCCUUUCUUGAAGAGUAGGGACUGGGGGGAUGUCUACGAAGGUUUACCCAAUACAUUAAUCACCGAUGUAGUAAUAGAUGACCAUGGUGCACUUGUUACGCUAAAACGCGAUGAUGGUACCAUCCUUCGGCGCCAUGUUUCUGACCUUGCAUACGCCGUCGGCCGACAAGGCUCACUGGACUAUAUGGACCAACCUUUAAGGGCAGAAAUUCUUCCCAGCAAUACCAACGCGGCUGAUACUGGUUUGAUAUCUGCUUCAACCCUACGCGAAGCAGCUCUUUGUGACUUAGAACUUGCUCCGCGGGUUUAUAUAAUCGGCAGCUUGACCGGAGAUUCGCUUAUACGUUUUUCGUACGGAGGAUGCGUUUAUGUAGCGGGAAAAAUUAUUCGGGAUACUUUUAAUGAGAAGGAGACUGUUGAAUAUCAAGCCGGUUGGCACCAUCGCAAGCGCGCCGUCACAACGAAUGGGUUUCAAAGGGAGUGCAGAAUAAGCGAGCCAGGACAGAAUCACAACCGGGCCCAAGAGGCGAAGGGGAAUGCUUCGCAAUCGGGAUUCAUAUGGGCGAAGGGAAGGCUUUUGUGGGAUAUGCUUUUCUGGUGGUCGAGGUAG